AAUGCUCACUUUGAAAAUUGAAGAGAAUCAGUUGAAAAUCCACUAAAACUAAUAAGCAAGCUAAGUAAGGAGACAGACACAAGAACAAUGUUGGAAAGCAAUAACGUUUUGAUACUUUAACAAUAACUAAUUAGAAAACAUGAAGAAAGAAUCCUGUUCAGAAUAAUAGCAAAACCCACAAUGUAUGCAAGACUAAACCAAAGAUCCAUGUGACUAAAACUAUAACAAUUCAAAUACAUAAAAGAAAAACAAAAUAACUGUAAAGAAAUACUAUAUUCCUUGGAUGCAAAGACUCAAUAUUGAUACUACCCUUAAGUUAUUCUUAGAAAUUCAAUGCUCUCCAGUGAAUUUUCAAAAGUGAAAACACAUCAUUCUGAAUCUAAGGUUUAUACAAAAGAAAAAUUGUAUGAUAUUAGCUAAGAAAUUUUAGUCUUCUAGCUGAGGCCCCAGACAUCAAGGGGCUAAAACAAAUCAUUCCUACUGUAGCCUGUCCAGAUUCCUGUGCCACAGAAACCAAGAGAGACAUUAUAUUUUAUAUUUAUAUAUCUUAUGUGCAAAUUUAUUUUGAAAACAGAAUACUACACACAUCAUUUCAUAUCCUAUUCAUAUCACAGAUACCUUUCCUUGUUAAUAGAUGCCUCAGUACAGCCUAAUUGUUAAUGGUUUUCUUUAUUGUAUAUUUUACUAUAAUUUAACAAACCUUUACUUUUGGACACAUGGGAUGCUGCAAACUUUUUCCUAUGGAAUCACCAUUCUAAAGCACAUAUAUGUGCACAUAAUUUUGUCUGUAUCUUUAAAUGUUUUGGCCUAAUUUUUAAAUCUUUAUUUCCUGGGGAGAAAUUGUCACUAGUUAAAAAUAAUGGUAUUAGCAUCAGCCCAAUAAACGGCUAUUUAAUAGAGUAAUAUUGAAAACAAGGUUGGAUCUGUGCCCUUAAGAAACUCAGCUUUAAGAGGGGCAAGACAGGAGAACAAGUAAGGAUUGUACAUUGGAUUCCAAUAUAUUGUACAUACACCUGUGUACUUGAUAUGUGAAUGACCUCAUUCUCUAUUUUGCAAAUGCAAUAAUUAUACAGAAAAACUGAUUGUUCCCUUUUAUUCACUGGAGAGGAUUUAUUACCAGUGACCCAAAGUGAAGGCUUCUAAUUAAAGAGAUUUCAUUAGCAGAAAAUAUAUUUUGGGUCCUUAGCUAGUGUCAUGAUGUAAAGGGAUUAUAUGUUUUGUUAUAACAAAUAAGUACACUGGAUUAUAGAUAGACUUUUACAUUGUUAAUGCAUAAAACUCACAACCCUACAAUAUGUUACUCAUUACUAUUAAUUUUCACUCCAAAUUAAUGUGGGGCUUUCUAGUAUUUGAAUGCACCUGACUUGGGUACAGGCUCUGAAUUAAACAGGAAGCUGAAAAUCAUGUAUAAGAAAUACACGAAUACAUGCAAGAAGCAAGAACUAAAAAUAAGAGAGCCCAUUACACAACGAUAUCUUGAAUAUCUUGAAUAUCAGUGUAUACACGACUCAUGUAUGGGUGGAAAUGGUUUGGGUUAUCUACGGACUUGCACAGCGAGGAGGCUCCCUAACAUCACUGGCUUCACACAGGCGUUUCCACGUUGUGCAGCAGCAACUUGAGUGGGGCUUCACGGCUCUAUCUAUUCACAAUACUUGACAAAAGCCCUAGAAGGUACUUAAAGUCAUAAUGGCACUUCCUAUACUGUUUGAAGAAACUGUGCAACAAGGCAGUUAAGAUUCAAUCUUGGAUGAAUGGGAAGGCAAAGAAUUAGGCAGCGAACUAGGCCGCGGAGAGGGAAGCGGAAGCCUGGCGUGGUCCUGUGAAUCGGCGGCCACCAGGCGACGGCCUCAGAACGUACGCAGAAAUUCCCGGCCCUGUGCGCUGACCCGAAGACCCAGCUCUCCUUCGACUAGAUAGCGGCAGGGAAACAACAGGCCUUUAUCCACUCCACGAACGUCUGGAUGUCUUUUCGGUGCCGGACACCGAUUACAAACAGAGAAGUGAGGAGUCCGACAGAAAAACCCUGGUUUAAAGUAUCCCGGCGGGAGGCGCUGGUAGGCAAAAGCCGGAAGAGAUGCCGUGACCACUCUCCAAUAAGCCGAAUCCUCUCCUCUGCUGCCUCUCGCAGCCGUCGGCACCGGCUGUGCUCUCGGCCCACUCUGGGUCGCAGCGCUGGGCUGUAGUGAAGUGUCCGCAGAGAGGCGUUACUGCCCAGCGCCUGCCGCGACCCCGGCGACCGCGGGUCGACCCCGGGCCGGAAGUGACGGAACUGCUCUGAGCACUUCCGGAGCUGCUGAGACGGCUUCGCCGGAGGAAGCAGUGCGGGUCUUGACCGGCGUUGGCCCGCCGCCUCCGCCGCCGCCGCGCCUGGACCCGGUUCUUCUGGCCCGGCUCGACACGGUCUGGCCCGCCCGGGCUCAGCGGCCGCGGGGCCACGGCUCCCGAUGGAAAUUAUAUGAUAUAGACUAUUUGGGUGACAUCUUCCUGAAAGAUCUUCAAGAAUUACAGAAGACAAAAACACUAAUGCAUCUGAGAAAGUGGUAAAGUUUGUGGGGAGGGGAAAAAAACUGCUUUCCUGAUCUACAACUCGUCUGGAUGUUAAGAUGUCUGUGGACAUGAAUAGCCAGGGGUCUGACAGCAAUGAAGAGGACUAUGACCCAAAUUGUGAGGAAGAGGAAGAGGACGAGGACCCUGGGGACAUAGAGGACUAUUACGUAGGCGUAGCAAGCGAUGUGGAGCAGCAGGGGGCCGAUGCCUUUGAUCCUGAGGAGUACCAGUUCACCUGCUUGACCUACAAGGAGUCCGAGGGUGCCCUCAAUGAGCAUAUGACCAGCUUAGCCUCUGUCUUAAAGGUAUCUCAUUCAGUUGCUAAACUUAUAUUAGUUAAUUUCCACUGGCAAGUCGCAGAGAUAAUGGACAGAUACAAGUCUAAUUCUGCUCAACUGCUCGUUGAGGCUCGAGUUCAGCCCAAUCCGUCGAAACAUGUCCCCACAACCCAUCCCCCUCACCACUGCGCAGUGUGUAUGCAGUUUGUGCGGAAGGAAAACCUACUGUCUCUGGCCUGUCAGCACCAGUUUUGCCGCAGCUGCUGGGAGCAACACUGCUCAGUACUUGUCAAGGACGGCGUGGGUGUGGGUGUCUCUUGCAUGGCUCAGGACUGCCCGCUUCGAACACCAGAGGACUUCGUGUUUCCGUUGCUGCCCAAUGAAGAAUUGAGAGACAAAUACAGACGCUACCUCUUCAGGGACUAUGUGGAGAGUCACUACCAGCUCCAGCUGUGCCCUGGUGCAGACUGCCCCAUGGUUAUCCGGGUACAGGAGCCCAGAGCUCGCCGAGUACAGUGCAAUCGGUGCAACGAGGUCUUCUGUUUCAAGUGUCGUCAGAUGUAUCACGCCCCCACAGACUGCGCCACAAUUCGGAAAUGGCUCACGAAGUGUGCAGACGACUCUGAAACAGCCAACUACAUUAGUGCUCACACUAAAGACUGUCCCAAGUGCAACAUCUGCAUUGAGAAGAACGGAGGCUGCAAUCACAUGCAAUGCUCCAAGUGUAAACACGACUUCUGCUGGAUGUGUCUAGGAGAUUGGAAGACCCACGGCAGCGAGUACUAUGAGUGCAGUCGGUACAAGGAGAACCCUGACAUUGUCAAUCAGAGCCAGCAAGCCCAGGCCAGGGAGGCCCUCAAGAAGUACUUGUUCUACUUUGAGAGGUGGGAAAACCACAACAAGAGCUUGCAGCUGGAGGCACAGACAUACCAGCGGAUUCACGAGAAGAUUCAGGAGAGGGUCAUGAAUAAUCUGGGGACGUGGAUCGACUGGCAGUACCUACAAAAUGCUGCCAAGCUCUUGGCCAAGUGUCGAUACACCCUGCAGUACACGUACCCAUAUGCAUACUACAUGGAGUCUGGACCCAGGAAGAAGCUGGCCCUGCCCCGGCUACAGCCCCCUCUCCUUUUGACCCUCCUGCUCUACCCAUACAGUUUGAAUACCAGCAGGCUCAGCUGGAGGCUGAGAUCGAAAACCUGUCGUGGAAGGUGGAGCGUGCAGACAGCUAUGACAGAGGGGACUUAGAGAACCAGAUGCACAUAGCAGAGCAGCGGAGGAGAACCCUGCUGAAGGAUUUCCAUGACACCUAGGUUGGGACAUGAACGUGCCAGAGUGAGGAAGAUGUGGCUGCGAGGUCUCCCGGCUGCUGUACUGCAUGCUGCAGGCUCUGCCUUUCACAACCCCAGGCAACAGCCAGGGCCCCACUCCUGAGAGACACUGGCCACACACCUCUUAGUCGAUUUCUGUUUUUUUUUUUUUCCCUCAUCUUUUCGCUUUUUGUUUUUCCCAGGGUAGAGGCCACGUUGAAUUGGCCUCUUCUCAGGACCUUUAAUUCCCCCUGGAUGGUUGUUGGGAGGGAGGGAAAGUUUUUUCUGAAUGACUAUUAAUAGGAUUAGAUCAUUACAACUUAUAAUUUUCAAAGGUUGUACAAUUAUACAAAAAAGAGGGGGCAGACAAACCAUAGAAUUACACAGAACCCUUUUUAAAAAUAAAUUGGCAUUGGAGUGUUUUAACCUCUAGCUAUUUUACUUAGAAUGUAACAUAUGCUGCCCGCUCACCUUGCCUCAGAAUCUCUACUGCAAGAGGGCCCCGGUGGUCUUUGCUUGCCAGAUUCAUAUGUGUUUGGCCACAGCUAGAGUCCCAAGGGAAGAGCAUGGGUGGCAGAUGGUGGGAAAUUGAGGUGGCCUGAGUUAUAGGCAUGGAGCGCAGGGAAUCACAUCAUGCCUCCUGCCUGGUCCUUGUAGACCCUUUUGUGGUCAGGUGCACUGCCUUACGCUGGCAGUGAGGAGACAGUACAGAACAGAGUCUUGCCAUGGGGUGUCAUCCUGUCUGAUGGCACUGUGUGUCUGUGGACUCAUCUUAAUUCUUGAAAGUGAGCUUUACCUGGGUCUGGCUACUCAGGCCAGAGCCCACAGCCGAACACGUAGGUGGGCUUGCGGCCCUCCAGACCAGGGGAUGUGAGUUCAGCACAGUUUUCUUUUGUUUUCUAAAAAUAGAGAUCCACUUUUAAAGGGAAUUGUUCCCCCAAAUAAAUUUGUUUUACCUUGGUUCCUUCUUUUGUGCCAGUGU